ACUGCGGCUCGGGAGCCAGCGGCGGCCCUCAGUGCACGUCCGCCAUCACUGUAAGUUGUGCUGUGCGUGCUGAUGUGGGCCGACGUGCUCUCCGAACUGAGACCGAAUAGGGCCUCAUGCAGAAGACUUUUAUCGACAUAAAACAUAGGUUAUUGAGCGCAUUGGACGAUGAAUACAAUGUUACAGACAUGUCUACAGUGUUCGAGGUUAUUUCAACCCUUGAACAACUACCGGUUACCACGGAGGUGCUCGAGGCAACUCGUAUUGGUAAAAUGGUUAAUGAAUUACGACGUAAAACUUUGGACAAACAGUUGGCCAAACGUGCGAAGGAGCUUGUACAGAGAUGGCGUAACCUAAUGAUAAAUAGUGCUCAAGUCAUACAACAAGCUAAGCUUCCUUCCUCACAGCCCAAUGGCAUGCUUAGCAACUAUAGUAAAAGACCUAUGACUUCACCAGAAUGUACAGCACCUAUUAAAAAACCAAAAUUAAAUGGAAUACCUUCUCUAAGCUCAACCAUCUUAUCACCACCACCAGUUCAAAAAACACCAGAACCAAUACCUAGUCCAGUUAAUGAGCUUGAUCCAGAACCUGAUCCUAUUUUAGAACCACAAGGUCCAAAAAAACGUGGACGAAAAAAAGGGGGUAAAAAUUCUUCAAAACUAGGGAUAAAACCUACCAAUCCUGUGGAUUUGGAAAGAAUGGUGUGUGUUGGCGCCAGUAAAUUAAAAACCACCCAAGAAAUAAUUGCAUCAUUACGAAAGGAUGAUGAAAAUUAUCAGUUGGAAGAAAAACCACAAAUACCUGUACAAGAGUUCCAGGACGAACCGUCUAUAACUAAAGUUGAUAAACCUAGUCGACCUAAAGUUUCAGACAUCGACCGACAAAUACAGGAAAUAUAUAAUAGAUUACCUCCUCUAGAUCCAGAAGCCAUAGACUGGAGUUCACCUCCACCAUCGCCACCACGGCCCCCUCUAUCUCCUACUGAUUUGGUAGAAGGAGCUCAAAUAGAAGGCGUUACUGGCAAUUGGGAAAAUGGUGAAACAUUUAGAGAAUGGCACGAGGUCUUAACUAGGUCAAACGAUACUGGUGAACCGCUUGUCAUACUACCAUACGUGAUAAUUGACUGACAGGGAUUUUUUUCUACUAGACUUUGUGAUAAAGACAUUUCAAGUCUUAAUAAUGUAUAUACUAAAAAUAAUUUUUUAAUAAUGAAAGUGUAAAAAAUAAAUAAAAAUAAAAAAUUAUAAUAUUUACAUAGACAUGUAUCCGAUUACAGAAUGUGUCUUAUAAUGUUUAAUGAAACUACUUGUCUUUAAAUUCUGUAAAAAUGUACUAUUGUUUACCUAUGUAUAAUUUAUUGGAAAACUAAUACUGCAAUUCCUAGAUCAAAGUAAUAAUCAUUGUUUUAUUUUUCAAACGGAAAAUUUAAUCUGAUUUGUUAAGCUAGUCAAAAGACCAAGUUUAAUUUAUAAUAUAAUAAAUGUUAUUAUUUGUCUUGUAUUUUUUUUUUUUUUUACGUAACAGUAAACUUGGGUCAAACUGCAAAAUGCAAUUUCUUGUGCCUUCAUUGAUGUAAAUUUUUUUUUAGCAAAUCUCAUCAUGAAUAUAAUAUGAUGUUUGUUACCAUAUAAUAAUAAAUAAAUAAUAAUAAUGUAUAUUUACAAUGAUUAUUAUUUAAAGAAUUGUUCUAAGGUAAAAUAGUUUGUAAAUAAACAAUUUUUUGGUCACUUUUAUCAUUUAUUAUACAUAAACUAUUAACUAUGUAUAAUUAAUGCUUUUAUUUCAUCGUUUAUGUUCAUAUUUUGUUUUUUUAAUCAAAGAACUUCCUAAUUCCCUCAUUGUUUUAGCUAAAUUUGUUAAAUUAUUGUAUAUAUGAUUUUUUUUUCUUUUGUUAUUAUUAUUAUUAAUUUUUUUUUGACCUUUAGUUAUUAUUUUAAUAUAAUUGGCAUAUAAUAUUCAUGAAUGAAAGCAUGUAAUUUUUUUUUUUUUUGUCAUAGUGCAUUUACUUUGGGUACAUUUUCUAUGUAAUAGCUGUUAAAUCAUAUACUAUGAAAAGAAAAUUUAAAAUUUGUUUCACAGUAUUGUAGUACUUAAAUAAGUACUUUGUUGAUAUAAUUAAAUACAAUGAUUGGUUCUUUUUUA